AUGGGUGAAUUUCGUGGCCAGCGGCUGGUGUUGGUCGUCAGCGUUUUGACGUCUCUGGGAUUCAUGCUGAUCGGUUAUGACAAUGGACUUAUGGGAGGACUUGUCACUGCUCCGGCGUUCAACUCGACAUUCGACUCACCGGACCCAACGAUGACCGGUCUCAUCGUUGCUAUUUACGAAGGUUCGAAGCUCGCCGUUGGAUGCUUCUUUGGUUGUGUCGCGACGGCUUUCUUUGGCGAAAGGCUUGGUCGACGCAAGAGCAUAGGAAUUGGAUGUUUGAUUAUGGUGGUCGGAGCCGUCUUGCAAGCCGCAGCCUACGGACGCGCACAACUUAUCGUCGGAAGAAUCGUCUCCGGCGUUGGCAUGGGCAUUGUCAAUUCUACGGUACCUGUGCUGCAGGCGGAGUUUAGUCCGAAGGCAAGCCGUGGAAUUUACGUUUGCGCUCAACUGUCUACCCUCAACUUUGGUAUCUUCCUCAUUUACUGGAUCGACUACGCCUUCUCAUCCCACACCGAAAGCUAUGCCUGGAGAGUGCCGGUUAUUUUGCAGUGCAUAUGCAUCCUGCCCAUGUUCGCCAUCUUGCAAAUCAUCCCAGAGACGCCUCGAUGGUUGGCUGCCCACGACCGACCCGACGAAUGUUUGGCUGUUCUGCAACGCUUGAAGGGUGACCACGAAGAUGAGGAAACUAUCAGGGCCCUCCACAACUCCAUUAUGCAAACUGUGGCAUACGAGGCGUCGGUCAGUUCUGGAUCUUGGAAGGAUCUAUUUAUCAAUGACCGGAUCAAGACUGGUCAGCGGUUCCUUAUUGCCUGCGCCAUUCAAGGAUUCCAGCAGCUCGGAGGCAUCAACGCCAUCAUCUACUAUAGCAGCACUCUAUUCGAGAAGAGUAUUGGUUUCGACAAGCACAUGUCGAGUUUGAUGUCUGGAUUCUUACAGACAUGGUUCUUCGUGGCCUCGUUUAUCCCAUGGCUUCUGAUUGACCGUGUGGGAAGAAGACCUCUGCUGCUUUCUAUGAUCAGUGUUAUGGCGGCAGUUAUGGCAGUACAAGCUGCUCUGAUUUAUCAGGUCCAGAACGUCACAGCCAUUGCUCAUGCUGCUGGCAUCGGAGCGGCCGCCAUGCUCUUCGUCUUCCAAGGAGCAUUCACCAUCGGAUUCCAGGCGACAGUCUGGGUUUACCCUUCUGAAAUCCUGCCUCUUCGAAUUCGCCAGAUGGGAUCAUCCGUGUCCAGUGCAGUCAACUGGAUCUUCAACUACAUGAUCGUGCAAGUUACACCCAUUGCUAUUGCCAACAUUGGAUGGAGGACAUACAUCAUUUUUGCCGUUCUGAACGCUACUUGGGUUCCUAUUAUCUACCUGUUCUUCCCCGAGACCAAGGGUUUGGAGUUGGAGGAUGUGGACCGGCUCUUCUCUGGUGACGAUCUCACUGACAUGGAUCGCCGCUCCGUUGACAAGCAUGAUGUGUGGGAUGUUGAGGAUGUGAGGGCAUGA